UAAAGAGAGAGCAUUGAGGAACCAGGACUUGAGUACUGAUCAUUUAUAGAAAUUGAACUCAGAACACCAACUGGAGAGACAGCUUGUAGUUGAGAGGGUUUAGUUGACAGUGACUAUAGCAACUACUGACUGGUGGGUUGGAGUAACUAACUAGUCAGGAUGAAAACCCACCUGGUUGUGUCCUGCUGUCUGCUCUCUGCAGCAGUGUGUUUUCUGGAGGCAGAGAUGAUCUCAAUUGAGGGGACAGAGGGCAGUGAUGUCUCCUUCACUUGUUCCCACGGUAACGCCUGGAGCAACAACAAGAAGUACCUCUGCAGGGAUCCAUGCACAGACGACCAAGACAAAAUAGUAACGGUUACAGCAGGUGGAACAGCAAAGAAGGGUAGAAUCUCUCUGAAGGACUCAGGAUCUGGAGACUUCACUGUGACCUUCUCUCAGCUGCAGAGGGCUGACUCAGGGAGGUACUGGUGUGGAGUGAACAUAGUUUGGGAUGUUGAUAAUUACAUUUAUAUACAGCUUCAGGUUCAAGAUGUUCCACCUGGACCCUUUGAUGUAGGGCCUGAAACAACUGUCUCUACAACAUCUCCUCACCUCCCUACAGCAUCUCCUAACCCCCCUACAACAUCUAACCUCCCUACAGCAUCUCCUAACCCCCCUACAACAUCUCUUAACCUCCCUACAACAUUGUCUAAACUCCCUAAAUCUUUUUACGUCCCUACAACAUCGUCCAACCUUCCAACAUAUUCUAAACUAAUUAAAACUUCUCUGACCACUAAGAACCUGGGAGCUGACAAGAUCUCUGGUUCAGGUAUGUUGGUAGUGUAUGCCGGCGUGGGCCUGGUCGUCACGGUGAUCGUGUUGGCCCUGGCCCUGCUGGUGUUCUACAGGAAGUGGAGAGCAGGAAACAGGAAGUCACCAGAGCUCUCUGACUGCCUGGCCCUCGACAACCAUGCUGCAGGACAGGGUGACUGUCUCCAGGGUGACUGUGUGUACAAUGAGAUCAGAAAGGAGGACAGACAGACAGACUCUCUCCCUGCUGGUGCCUCUAGUGUCGCCUCUCCCUCAGCGAGGCCUGCUAGCUGCUCUGCUAGCUGCCCUGCUAGCUGCCCUGCUAGCUGCUCUGCUAGCUGCCCUGCUAGCAUCCUCAAUGACUUGUAUGACAGCGUUAGCUUAGCUAAAGAACCAAGCUACUCUACUGUGAUCUUCCCCAAAGACGCUAUCAAUCCCAGCUGCUCCACUGUGGGAAUCUCCCCGGAUGGUCCUGCCCCUGUCAUCUACUCCACUGUGACACACAGAGAUUCUAGAAUCCUCCCAGCUCCUCCCACUGUGACCUCAGCAAACGGAACUCCAGAAGAUCUUGUGUAUUCUAUGGCCCAGCGACCUGAAGAUGCUGCUGAACCUGCAAGAUUCUCCACUCCUGGUCAGAGCCAAGAUCCUCCAGAGGAAGAUCUUGUCUACUCCAUGGCCCAGUUACCUGAAGACCCUCAGCCCUCCUUGGGUGUCAGUUUCAGAGAGUUGACCCUGCAGUUGUCACACGUAGCUCACCACACACAGCCAGCUCUGCACGCUGCAGCAGUGUGUUUUCUGGAGGCAGAGAUGAUCUCAGUUGAGGGGACAGAGGGCAGCGAUGUCUCCUUCACAUGUUCCCAUGGUAACGCCUGGAGCAACAACAAAUACCUCUGCAGGGAACCAUGCACGGACGACCAAGACAUCAUAGUGACUGUUACAGCAGGUGGAACAGCAAAGGAGGGUAGAAUCUCUCUGAAGGACUCAGGAUCUGGAGACUUCACUGUGACCUUCUCUCAGCUGCAGAAGGCUGACUCAGGGAGGUACUGGUGUGGAGUGGAGAGAAAUGCAGCUGUGGACACUUUUUACGAGGUGCAGCUAACAGUUCUGAACGUUCCACCUGGACCCUCUGGUGUAAGGCCCAAAACAACUGUCUCUACAACAUCUCCUAACCUCCCUGCAACAUCAUCUAACCUCCCUGCAACAUCUCUGACCACUAAGGACCUGACAGUGCUCUUGUGUGUGUGUCCUGCUGGUCCAGUGCUCCUGUGUGUGUGUGUGUCAGGGCUGCUACUGCUGGGAAUGAUCCUGCUGUUAAACUACCUCUGGAAGAGACACAAUAUAUCACCCGAUCCACAUCUCACCAUGACCCCAACCCCAGACCCCACCUACCAACACCUCAACCCUGUCUCCAUGGAUACAGAGCCCACCUACCAACACCUCAACACGAUCACCAUGGAUACAGACCCCACCUACCAACACCUCAACACGAUCACCAUGGAUACAGAGCCCACCUACCAACACCUCAACCCCGUCACCAUAGAUACAGACCCCAUCUACCAACACCUCAACCCUGUCAUCAAGGAUACCUGAGCCACAGUGUCUGAAACCCAGACAAAACUGUCUAAAACACAAAUGCUUCAUAACUGGUCUGUUCUGGGUUCUAUGAAAAUUUAACCAUUGAACUAUUUGU